AAGACGAAAAUGCUCGUGACCUCCUUAAAAUCGUGUUAGCCGUUGUUGGUACACUCUGUACAAUUAUUACCACAGUUAUGACCAUUGUAUUGAAAUGUUGUGAAGCAAGUAAGAAAAAGGACGAGUCUUUAAAUUUGAAAACAGAUGCAAAAGUCAAAGAUGAACCCAACACUGAACAUAUGAAGAUAGAUCAUGACCAACACUCGAAUGAUAUCACAUCAGAGCCGAUCCUAGAGACACCAGUUACAACGACAGAGCAGGAUACUGACGCGAAUGAUAUACAGUCAGAGGGUGACCAACACACGAAUGGUAAACAGUCAGAGCCUAACCAUGACACGAAUGGUAACCAGUCAAAGCCUGACCAUGACACGAUUGGUAUACAGUCAGCGCUUGACCAAGAAACGAAUGAUAUCGCACCUGGGCCUGAACAAGACCCAAAGGUUAUGACGUCGAAUAAUAACCAUGACAUGAACGAUAUUGAGUCAGAAACAGACAAUCGGUCAUUUGCCAUUAGACAUUGGAAGAUAAUAGCUAUAGCCUUCGGUCUGGUGUCUGCUGCGGUGUUUGUUGCAUUGAUCGUUGUUUAUGUUACAGACAAAAGCGAUUCGUCUCCGACACUGACUGAUGGAUUAAUUAAAGCUGAGACCAAUCCCACCUCUACAACCAUCUCCCUGCAAACAACGACUACAGAAACAACGACGAUCAUGCAAAGGGGAAGAGCAAUGACGGACUGGAUUAUUUCUACCAUUGUGUGUGGCACAGCCGUGUUGAUUUACAUUAGCGUCUUUAUUUAUUGUUUGUGCCGUACACGUGAAUCAAAAAGAAAGGAGCAAAGGUUUACGUUAAAUACGCAGCUAUAAAAACAGUGAGAUAUUGGCUCGAGCUCCCAAAGACCGGCGAAAAUAUCUCGAGCCAAGCGGAAAUAUCGAGCCAAGCGGGAUUGCUUACCUUCAGUUUAAAGAAAUCGGUCCUUUAAAUCUAGUUUGAGUC